AUGUCUUUAGCUGCCUCCUUUACUAAAGUCAGGGAGUUCAAAGUACAAGGAAUCCAUAACGUCUACCAUGUAUCGUUAGGUCAAUCAGACACACUCUGGAUCAGUGACAGAGACGGUGACUUUAUCCAAACAGAUCUAAAGGGGAAUAAAUUAAAGAAGAUAAAAACCUGGGGAGAGGAUGAAGGUUACCACACAGUCACACAGGACGGGGAUCUGAUGUUUACGGACAAAGACAGAAAAGCCAUCUAUACGAAAGUACAGGACGAUAAGAUCACCGAAUUUUUUAAUACUGGAGACUGGGAACCUUAUAGUAUAUAUUGCUCCCAUCUCAACGGGGACUUACUGGUUGGGAUGGUGAGUGAUGGUUACGAAGAGGCUAAAGUCAGCAGGUACAACAAGACAGGACAAGAAUUACAGAACAUACAGAGGGAUAACAAAGGACAGGAUAUAUAUCAACUUCCACUCUAUAUCACAGAAAACAUCAAUGGAGAUAUCUGUGCAUCAGACUUUAAUAAACAGGCAGUAGUGGUGGUGAAUAAAUCCGGACAAUACAGAUUUAUUUCCAAAGAUCAAGGGACAUUGUUCUGUCCCUAUGGAAUCUGCACUGAUGUCCUCGGUCACAUCCUGGUGUGUGAUGAGAUCAAAAAACAAUGGGUGAAGUAUCCCCUUACUUUGUGUGUAAAUAACGAGAACAAUAUCUAUGUGGGGCAACGAUACUCCGACACUGACAGUGUACAAAUGUCUCUUCCUCCGCUUGAGAUAAAAACACCUCCCCCGCUUGAGAUAAAAAUACCAGGCACUGCUCAACACUUUCUAGAGUGUGGUUUUGAAGAUUGUGAGAGAAAUUGUGAAUUUUACUGCAAUUCCUGCCAUCAACAGAUGUGUAAAUCAUGCAGAGACCAACAUCUAAAGAUUCCAGAAAACAAAAACCAUGAAGUGGUCCUUUACCAGCAACGAAGACGACAACUUCCUAUGAAAAAAUGCAGGAUCCACUUCACCAAAGAAAUGGAUAUUCUAUGUCAAGAAUGUAACAUUCCUAUAUGUUCAAAGUGCUCAACAAUGCAGGAGCACAGCACUCUAAAAAAAGAUUUACACAGAGAAAUUCAGAAAGAUGUAGCAGAAGUUAAACAGAUCAUGGACAGCAUACGGACAUCCAUGAAAGCCGAAGCCGAGUCUCUCAAAAACAUGGUGGACACAGUGCUCUUAGAAAAUAUGGAAGAAUUACACCGAAAAGAGAAGUCAUUACUGAAGAAAUUAAGGAGGCAAAAGAAGACAUUUGAUGAUUAUAUUGCCUAUCUCAGUGACCUUGUUAAAGAGUUCCAGAGUUACCUGUCCUCUACUGAGCUCACUAACUUCACAACUAAACUUCCAGACAACUUACAAAUAAAAUCCAUACCAGAAACCACCAAACCUGUCACACCAGAAUUUUCUUCUGCUCAAUACAACAAAAAUGAUAUUGCUAAAUUACUAGGGAAAUUAAUUAAAUCAGAUAAAAGGGCAGAACUAAGAAGAGUAAAGCCAAUGGAAAUUCAUCCUAUUGCUACAUCAAUGAAAUCUACAAGUGAACAGACAAAACAAGAUAAACACGUGAAGUCUGACAAGAAACAAACAUUGUCUCUAUCUGCCUCUGUCACCAAGGUCAGGGAGUUCUAUGUACCAGAUCUACAGGGGAAUGUGAUACAGAAGAUAGAAACCAGUGGUAGGCGUGGUUACCACACGGUGACACAGGACAGGGAUCUGACCUUCACAGACAAAGACAAGAAAGCCAUCAAUAGGAUAACACAGGAUAAUAAUAUCACUGAAUUCAUUAAAACUGGAGACUGGACACCAGUCAGCAUACACUCAUCCCACAUCAACGGGGACUUACUGGUGGGGAUGUGGACAAGUGGAAAGGCUAAAGUCACCCGGUACAACAAGACAGGAAAAGAACUACAGAACAUACAGAGGGAUAACAAAGGAGAGGAACUGUUCUCCUACACAGGUCAGAAGUCAAAGUUCGAACCCUAUGGAAUCUGUACUGAUGUCCUCGGUCACAUCCUAGUGUGUGAUGGACAUUAUAACAGUAACACUGUUCACCUCCUUAAUCAGGAUGGUCAGAUCUUGUCUCUAUUACUCACACCACAACAAGGGGUAGAUCGUCCCCGUGCUGUGUGUGUGGAUGAUGAAAACAAUCUCUAUGUGGGACAAAAAGACACCAAUACACUGACAGUGUACAAGUAUCUACAGUGA